ACGUUGACAUGCUUGUAUUUUGGAUCGUCGGCUCUGCAUGGAGUUUGAUGCUUACGUCAGCAGUUGUUGACUCAUUAUCAGAGGCCCAAUGUUUGAGUCCGCACCUGGGUCAAGAGGAUCAAUAUUAAUGGGCUAAGCUACCCGACCCAAAUGGGUACAGCUCCGAAAGACGUUAGCGUUAGUAAUUUUUUAUUUUUCAUUUCGUAGGAGAGGGCGCCAGAUCUAAUUUCAAAUCAAUUCAAAAAAUCCACUCCCAAAGGCUCACAACGCUCUCUCUUUCGCUCUCCAAACCCUAACGUUCUAAUUUGUUUCCCCAAAUCCAAAUUCUUCAAGAGAAUCAAAUCGAAAUUACAAUCUUCAAGUCCCUUUUCUCUGAGAUCAACGGCCCAUACAACACUAGGAUAAAUUAAACGACUCUAACCAAUAGCUUCAACUGAGUUUUUGACUGAGUUACAAAUAUGGCUUCCCGCAACCAGAACCGGCCGCCUCGCAGCCCCUCCACCAGGAAGGAAAUUGGAGAUGAAAAUCCGUUAGACAAACGGAGAAGGCUUGGAGCAGUAGGGAGAGGAGUGGGACCCACAGCAACAGGGCGAACCCGACGAGCUUUUUCAGCUGUUAACAAUAUCCAAGACACCACAACCGCUGCUAACGCCGAGGUCGGGAACGCUGAGGAAUGUCAUGAAUUCACUAAAGAAGAAGUGGAAGCGAUUUUGAAUGAGAGGCCGAAAGCUAAGAAGUUCGAUCUGAAGGCUAAAUAUGAGCACGCGGCUGAACAUAAUAAAAGGCUUAAGCUUUGUGUGAAAUGGUUUCAACAAUGUGAUGAGAAUCAUGUACUUGAUAAAGAGAAGCUUAAGAAUUCAUUAGAGUCUGCUGAGAAAAAAUGCCUUGAUACAGAGUUAGAGAAGAAAAACAUGGAGGAAGAAUUGAAUGCGGUUAUUUCUGAGUUAAGGGACAGUAAUGCGUCCUUACAGGAGAAGCUUUCGAAGGAAGUGUCUGAAAAGCUGGAUGCUAUUAACCGCCAUAAAAGUGAAAUUGAAGCUAGGGUUACUGCUGAAAAGUCAGUUGCUUCUUUGACAGAAGAUCUUCAGAAAGCUCAGCAGGAUAUAGCAGCUGCCAAUGAGAGGGCUGCAUCACUUGACAAUACACACAAGCGAUUACAAGAGUACAUCCUGAGUCUUCAACAGUACAAUUCCAAAUUAAUCACUGACCUUGAAACAGUCCGUGAGUCGCUCAAACGUGUAGAAAAGGAGAAAUUGACAAUAGUGGAGAAUCUUAGCUCUCUAAGGGGCCACUGUAGUUCAUUGCAAGAGCAAUUAACUUUGUCAAGAGCUUCACAAGAUGAUGCUGUUAAUCAAAAGGAAACAUUAGUUAAUGAAGUCAAAUGUCUACGAGGGGAGCUACAACAAGUGAGGGAUGAUCGUGAACACCAAGUGUCAAAAGUUCAAGCCUUAUCUGCCGAAAUAGUGAAGUUCAAGGAAACUACUGGAAGAUCAUUUGCAGAAUUAGAUAACUUGACUAUGAAAUCAAAAUCCUUGGAGGAAACAUGCUCUUCUCAAAGGGAGCAACUAAGAAUACUGGAACUUCAGCUUGCAGCUGCAAACGAGAAACUAAAGAUGGCUGAUUUAUCAGCUUCAGAAACAAGGGUGGAAUAUUUAGAACAAAAAAGAACCAUACAAGAACUACAAGAUCGAUUGGCAGAUAUGGAACAUAAACUGAUUGAAGGAGAGAAUUUGAGGAAAAAGCUGCACAAUACUAUUUUGGAACUGAAAGGGAAUAUUCGUGUAUUUUGUCGGGUACGUCCUCUAUUACCGGAUGAUGGUGCAGCAGAAGGUGCAGUCGUCUCUUAUCCUACAUCAACGGAAUCUCUUGGCCGUGGAAUUGACUUGAUACAAAAUGGGCAAAAGUAUCCUUUCACAUUUGACAAGGUUUUCAAUCCUGAAGCUUCACAGCAAGAUGUUUUUGUGGAGAUAUCCCAGUUGGUACAGAGUGCCCUUGAUGGAUACAAGGUUUGUAUAUUUGCCUAUGGACAGACAGGAUCAGGUAAGACUUAUACUAUGAUGGGAAGGCCAGAAGCCCAAGAGCAAAAAGGGUUGAUACCUCGUUCGUUGGAGCAGAUAUUCCAAAGUAGCCAGUCACUGCAGGCACAAGGAUGGAAAUACAAAAUGCAGGCUUCAAUGUUGGAAAUAUACAACGAGACCAUUCGUGAUUUGUUAUCAACCAAUCGAUCUAUUGGUUCAGAUCCGACACGCGCAGAAAGUGCAGUUUCUGGAAAGCAGUAUACAAUUAAACAUGAUGCAAAUGGUAAUACACAUGUCAGUGAUCUGACCAUUGUCGAUGUUAGUACCAUAACAGAGAUUUCCUCUCUUUUAAGGCAGGCUGCUCAAAGCAGGUCUGUGGGCAGGACGCAAAUGAAUGAACAAUCGUCUAGAAGUCACAUGGUUUUUACAUUAAGGAUCUCGGGUAUAAACGAGGGUACUGAGCAACAAGUACAGGGUGUCUUGAAUCUCAUUGAUCUUGCAGGAAGUGAACGAUUGUCAAAGAGUGGUGCAACUGGAGAUAGGUUGAAGGAGACUCAGGCCAUUAACAAGAGCUUAUCGAGUUUGAGUGAUGUCAUAUUUGCGUUGGCCAAAAAGGAGGAUCAUGUGCCUUUUAGGAAUUCCAAGCUGACAUAUCUUCUCCAGCCUUGUCUUGGUGGAGAUUCAAAAACCCUAAUGUUUGUGAAUGUAUCACCGGAUCCUUCUUCGGUGGGUGAGUCUCUGUGCUCCCUCCGUUUUGCUGCUAGAGUGAAUGCAUGUGAAAUCGGAGUUCCCCGCCGUCAGUUGACAUUGCGAGCAGCUGAUUCUCGGUUGAGCUGCGGCUGAAAUGAAGUUAUGAUUAUUAUCACAUUCUUUUAUAACUGUAGUCGUAACUAUAUUUUGUAAUUCAAGUGUUUUGCGUUGAAUUUUUGUAUCACUGUAGGGUUUCUGCUUGAGCUACUACUACUAAUCAUUUGUGUUCUUAGAUUUAUGCUUCUUCUGAUAGGAAAAAAAAAGGUGCAUUUUAUUUGACUGGCACAAAAGUAACUCUUUCAUAGUUGUAUGAUAUAAAGUUCAUUUGAUGAAUACAGAAACAAAGGAAUUCUAUGUUUUAUCA